AGAUAUCUAUUAGCUGGAUUUAAAUAAGACAAACAAUGGUUCAAUCAGAAUGGAAUUGUAGCUGUAGCCUGGUUUGCACUCAACUCACAGCAGUGCAGUCUGCAGUAACAAUUUUCCACUUGUGCAUUUAAUAUGAAAUCAUGAUCAUGAUGAUGUGACGAGUGAACAAUAAACCGUAACGCGUGCAAAUAAGGAUUUCUACUUCUAGACUAGAUGAACUAGAAUCUAGAUCUAUUCUAAUCUAUAAAGGUCAUUGUGAAAUGUCUUAGAAUGUUUCUGUAGGAUCAGAUCUUCCCCAAGUUACAAGAGUUGUUUAACUAAGAGACAUAUUUGAAUAAGAAAGUUUCACCAGACCAGAAUCAAGAUGGGACGCUAUUCUGGAAAGACGUGCCGCCUGAGCACAAUGCUUAUAAUGACAGCCUCUUUCUUCUUAGUGGAAAUAAUUGUCGGCUAUCUGACCAACUCCAUUGCUCUGGUGGCUGACUCUUUCCACAUGUUAUCAGAUGUUGUGGCUCUCAUUGUGGGCUUUGCUUCUGUCAGGAUUUCUAAGUGGCCUUCCAAGAGAAACACUUAUGGCUGGGUCAGAGCAGAGAUUCUGGGUGCCCUUGUGAAUGCAGUGUUCCUCCUAGCACUUUGUUUCUCUAUUACUGUUGAGGCUCUGAAGAGAUUGGUUCAGGUGGAAACGGUGGACAAUCCCAAACUUCUGUUAAUAGUAGGAGCAGCUGGAUUAGGAAUUAAUUUGAUUGGACUUGUUCUCUUUGGAGGUCAUGGUCACUCUCAUGGUGGUGGUUCCCAUGGUCACUCUCAUGGUGGACAUGGUCAUGGGCAUGGCCAUGGCCACAGUCAUGGUGGGGACAGACACACCCCUGAUGGAGAAGCCUACAAAGCUGUGCCUAAUGGAGCACCUGUGGAAAAUGAAGCAUUGGUUCAAAAGGACAGCAUUCUUGUCUCUGAUACUUCAGACAAGGAAAUAUACACUUCAGUGGAUCCCAAUAUAACUAUAGAAAUGAAAAAGCCAAAGUUAGCAUCGUCCAACCAGCUGAACAUGCGUGGUGUAUUUCUCCAUGUGUUGGGGGAUGCUCUAGGCUCUGUGGUGGUCAUUGUCUCGGCCCUGGUCAUCUGGUUUGCUGAAGGGGACUGGAGAUUUUAUGUGGAUCCUUCUAUGAGCAUUAUGAUGGUGAUCAUUAUUUUGAGUACAACUAUCCCAUUAUUGAAAGAAUCUGCUUUCAUUCUGCUGCAGACAGUUCCAUCUCAUGUCAAUGUGGAGAAUAUCAUUGAGGAACUGGAGCAGAUGGAUGGUAUUUAUGGUGUCCACGAGUGUCAUAUAUGGCAACUAGCAGGAAAUCGUAUUGUGGCCUCGGCCCACAUACGUUGUCAUGGCAUAGAGGAAUAUAUGACACUUGCAGCUCAAAUCAAAGCUCUAUUCCACAAGGCUGGGAUUCAUUCAACAACAAUUCAGCCAGAGUUUAUUGAUUAUCAAGAAACACAGUUGGAGCAUCAGCCUUGUGCAUUGCUCUGUAAUGCAAAUGGUGAAGCUUGUAAACCUGAUACCUGUUGUGGGGAUCGUAGAAACCGACUAAACAAGCGGAGCUCAAUGUCUAAUCUUGACACUGUGGAGGUUGGUGAUGGCCAAAAGCGGUCAGUAGCUGGCUCCAAUACCAACAACUCCAACAGAUUUAACUCCAAGGUCCCAUUCUCCAGCCACCGUAGCCUGGACAUGAAGUUCAGCCCUGAUGGUGAUGAGGUUGUCCUGGAAAUGUCUGGCAUACGCAGCUCUGCGGAGGGUGACAACACUCUGCAGGACGGACCAUCUCCACAAGAUGACAACAUGGUCAAGAGCAUGGACUCUUCCAACAGCAGAGUUUUACUAUCUGACCAGAGUCAGUUGACAUGAUCUUUUUGGCUUACAUAAUUCAUCUUGUGUGUUUGAUGAUUUGUUUACUAUUGAAUUGAAACUUUGUGGAUGGAGCAGCUUCAUAUUGUACACAGCAAUUGUACAGCACAUCAAUGUUGGCAAUACAUAAGACAGUUAUGUAAGUGCAAAAUAAAAUGAAUCUUUAUACAUUGAUACACAGAUCUAUAUGUAGAAUGUAAAUUAUAAGUAUCAUUUUGAUGAAUAUGUAAGUAUUACUUAUAUCCAUUUCUAUUUAUAAAUGAAGUCAAGUAUUAAAUAGACCAUAAAAGUCAAGGCUAUGGUCAUAAAAGGCUUAUGUUUAAAUAUGAGUCACAUAGGCUGUGAAAGGGAAAUGGAAGGAAGAUGCUGUAUGAAUAAAAUAGAACAUACAUUACUGAGAGAGCAUAUUUAGACUCAGUUGCAUUUCCUUUGUUCUAAUGUAUUGAAGCUACCCAAAUUUGGGUGUGAACCAUCUUACACAGAUUCAGUUGUCUUAAGUCAAAUUUUAGCUCGUAACCUUUUAAGGAAAGGUGCCAUAGUGAUAGAGCAGACAUAUUACUGUGAUGGAUGGCUUUCAAUGAUAUUGUUCCAGUUGAACUGAUUGUAAAUAUGUGUUGCCUAUUGUAGACUAUAAUCCUGGAAUAGAAAAUAGACAUUGUUGAGAAUGAUAGCCAACUUGGAAAUUAUUUCAAAGAAGACUUAUUAAUAAUGCAUUUAGGUUCAGAUUGGGGUGUACGAAUUAAUGAAUUUGACUGUUGAAGUGCUUUCAAAUAGCUUGCGUUCCCUUGAUUUUUUUUCUCCCUCUAACCAUGCCAAGUUUGUCCUCUCAAAAUUGCAAAAUCCAUUUUUUUUAGCUGUAAUCCCUCCUAAUUAUAAAUAUGGAAACCUAUGUUAUUUAACGUUCAGUCUUGAGGCCAGAGACUUUGACCUUUACUAUAGAGCUGUAAAUCUUUUUGAAGCCAUCUUUGUCUAUAUCAGAUCUGUCAAUGAUAAGAAUUGAAUUGUGUUAUGCGAUGCCUAUGAAAUGACUUGAUCAAAGCUAACAAAUGAAUUCUAAAUGACUUGUGUUCUAUUUCAAAAUGUUUUGAUUACUCUAAGUGAAGCUCUUUGUUUUUAAUAUACCAUGAGAACAUUUUCAUAGUUUUAGUUCAUUCAUUUUCUUAAAUCUUUUUUUUUAACCCCAUACUAUUAUUUUUUAAGUUUAAAAAAAAAUCUUUUUUAACUUUAUUUAUUUACAUCUUUUAUACAUUUAUAUUUUUUAUUCUCACGACUUUGAAACUGACAAACUUUAGAGCAUCCAUUGUAUUCUGCGUUGUGUUAAAAGGUUAUUUAAUAGUCUGUGAAACACAUUCCAGCUGAAUGCUUUGAACAUCUAGAUCAAAUUGAAUUGUAUGGUUUGUACUUUGAACUGAGGUUGUAACUGCACUCUAGUUGUUUUUAUCACAACUUAUUCAAUGAACAUAAAAUGUUUAUUUUUGACAAUUAAACUUUGGAUCUAACACUAUA